AUGGAAACACAUAUUAAGUAUUUAGAUGAGUUGAUACAUGCUAUCAAAGAGUCUAGAUUAGAUACAACAGAUGAUAAUGAUUUCCGAAAUAAUAGCCAUCUUAACAAAUGCCAAAAAUUUAAUAUACCAGAGGAUAAUCUUCGAGAACAAAAAAGUUUAAAAAUAAUGGUUACUUUGAUAAGUAACUUAAAAGAAAAUACCAUUAGUUCAUACAAUAAUAAUAAUAAUAAUAAUAAUAAUAAUAAUAAUAAUAACAAAAAUAGUUUAUUCGUUGAGAAUAGCGACUUAAUAUUUAACAAGUCAAUAAAGGCAAUUGACUUGCUAAUUAAAUCAAAACCUUAUCUUCUUUGGACGUCAUUCUCAAUUGCAAAUUCACAAUAUUCAAAGCUAGAAUCAAAUGAUUAUGGAAUAAUAUCAUUGUUUGAACAAUUUACUCAAAUAGCAAUUUUAAACAUAAAUCUAUCAAAUAAUAAUAAAGAAGAUAAUAAGAUGUGUAAAUCAAGGCUAUGGUUAUUAAGAAAGAAAUUAACUGAAUGGUGUGGUUUGACAUCAUGUUUACAUUCAACAACUUUAAAAGUUUCAUUAUCAACGUUUAUAUUAAAUCGACUUAACUCUAUUGAAAAACAAUUGACAGAAAUUGUGAUGACCACUAACAUUAAUACAGAUGAAUUAUACAAAAUGUUGAAAGAGCUAUAUGUCUUAUUAUAUUUCUUAUCUGGUCAAAAUGAUAAAUUCAGUAAUAGCUUAACUUUUUUUGACUCAGUAUCAGUAGUCAAUAAUUGGGAUUUUUAUUUUCAAAGAUCUAUCAGAAUAGUACUGUUUAUUUUUGGUUCUAUCAGAUUAGAUCUGGAUAGGCCUCUUUAUUUGGCUGUUCUUCGAUUAGAACUUUUAUAUUUUUCUCUAAUAACUGAUUAUGCAUUAAGUGGAACUAUAAAAUGUGGAAGUCAAUUAAAAAUUGGAUCCACAAGUAAAUUGAUAUUUGUUUUAACUACUAUGUAUCAAUUCAUGAAGAUGCUGCAGGGUAUGGUGAUAGAAGAAGAUGAUACCAUAGCAAAAGGUUUGCUCAGAGUUUAUUUAAUCUGCAUAUCUGGAAUUAAUGCCAAUGACAAGAAUUUACAACAGGAAUAUUCAGCAAAGUUUUCAAAUCAGUUUGUGAACAUAUUCAAAGAAUACCUACCAUUGGACAAAUGGCUAAAUUUGAAUAAACUUGAUGAAAAUUCAAUGAAGGAGGUUCAAUUUAAUAGCCUCAGUCAGAAAUCAAUGCUGAUUAUUUUAUUUGAUAUAAAAAGAAGAUGCUCAAAAGAAAAUGAAUUAGAAUUUGACGAAAACAACAGAAUUUGGACUAUAAAAAAUGAUUUAGUCGACAAAUAUAUAUUGCAUCAUGUUAUAUCUCCCUUUAGCAAUGAUCAGAUUCAAUUGGAGAAUUUAAGGAAACGGCUAAUAAAAUCAUUUGAUGAAAGGGUUAAUAAAAAGGUAACAGAAUUAAAGUUACUUUUGAAUAAAGUAUGCCCUGGGCUGUUAGGAAAAUAUGAAACUGAUAUAACGGACCUACUUGAAGAGAUAUUGGCUCGUGUAAAAAUAUCAGUAACAACAAACCAACAACAUGAAUUAGUCAUGUGGGCUAAAGUUCUGGGGUUACUGACAUGUUAUCAGGUAAGCAGAGAAAAAGAUAAAUCCUUGGAUAUUCAUAAUUGGGAACAAUGUGAUAUUUGUGAUGAUAAUACGGCACAUAAUAAUUUUAAAACUAUAAGGCCUGAUAGAGCUGACGCAUUCAAAUUUUCUGAAACGUAUAAAAUAAUGUUAAAAUAUUAUCUGUCAAAUGUUAAUUCAAUAAAUUUUUCUGUUGCUACUAAGGCAAGUAUCCUUGUUUGUAUGAGAAGAAUAUUUAUGCACUAUCAACCUCCAAAACUGAAAAUGGAAUCAAAUGAAAUUGUAGCGGAAGGACCCUGUAACAUUUUUGAGAUAAUAAGCAAAACUUUUACUGGAGAAGAUAGAUACUUACGUAUUUUAAGCGGGAAAUUGAUACCAUUAUUAAAUAUAUCAGCAUCUCAUAAUUCAGAGGACCAGCACACAGCUCUUUUGGUACAAUUCCUUCAAAGUCAGAAAAAUGCUUACUUAACAGAGGUGCUGAUUAGUACAUGGAUAGAACUUACAUUAACUACCUCAGAUGAAAUAUUUGAUACACUUUUAUUAAAAUUGAUUGAUAUUUUUAAUUCUGCAGAUUAUACUAUUCAUAAUAUGAUGAAAUUUCAAAUUAAAAGUAUGGCAAAAACAUUAAAUAAAACACCCUACCAGUUGUUAUCUCCAAUUCUACCAAUUUUGUUAAGGCAGAUCGGUAAAAAUUUAGUUGAAAGGAAGUUAACAUUUCAAAGACUAAUCGAACUACUUGGUUACUCACCUAAAACUAUUUUAGAAAUAUAUCAAAGAUAUAUUGUCCCAUAUGCUCUUACUCAGUACAAAAGCGACGCAUUUACUGAAAUUGCGAAACUUAUGUCGGACAAUGAUCCUGAAAGAAUGAACAUUGUAAAGGCUAAUCUUCUAGAAAAAAAUAGUAGGCAAAUAUUUGCUGUAGCGCUAGUAAAAUAUGGUUUAUUUUCACUAGAAACUUUAGAGGCUUUAUUUUUGAAUAGGCUUCCUACCUUUGACAAAGGUUAUAUCAGUGCAUAUUUACCUGAUUACAGAACACUAGCUGAAUUUUUGAAACUUUAUAAAAAUAAUGAAUUCGAUGAGGUCACCGGAAAUGAAAACGAGAAAACAAUUAUAUGUGCUCUUAGAUAUUUGGUAACUGAUUUUGAAAAAGAUAAAAGACAUGGUUCAAAAUAUAAAAACAUCAAAGAUUGGGACACACAGAGAGAAGAGAAAUUUCAAAAAAAAUUGCAAGAUAACAUUUUAGGUAUUUUUCAAGUGUUUUCUUGUGAUAUUCAUGACGUUGAAGGAAGAACCUCUCACUAUGAAAAGGUUCAUGUUGUGAAUGGUAUAUCAUUCUUAAUAAAGCAUGCUAAUAAAAAAUCAAUUAUUUCAGCAUUAGCCCAGAUAAGUAUAUGUCUACAAACAGCAAUAGAAAUAGAUGAAGUCCGUUUUAGCGCUUUAAGAUGUUGGAAAUUAUUGGUAGUAUCAUUAAGUGAUGAAGAGUUAUCAACAGUAAUUGACUCCUUGAUAUCAUAUAUAUUAGAAAAUUGGUCAACUUUUAAUUAUAAAAUAAGAUCGACGAUUUAUGAAAUUUUAGAUAUUCUAAUUAAAGAUAAGAGCAAUCUAGUUAUGAAUAUUAAGCCUUUCAUUAUGAUUGCUUUGGUGAAUAAAACAGAACUUGGCAUUUUGGUAAGAAAUAAUACAUUUGCAAGGAUGGUCAGCAAAAUCCGUAGUAUCACAGAUUGGAUCCCCAUUUUUGCAGAUAAUUUAAAGAGUAAUAAUAAGUACGUCAUUCACCAAACUUUAAAUAAUAUUGAAUUAUUUUUGAAGAGAAAGCAGACCGAAAGAUCAUACACUUUUUUUACAAAUGUUAAACAGCAAUCUAAUGUAACUUUGUUAUUAGCUGGCUUAAUUGAUGCUUCCUAUAAAUUUCGCUCAAUCGAUAAAUCACUAAGUGAACAAUGUACCAGAUGCAUUGGACUUAUCGGUACAUUAGAUAUGAAUAUCUAUGAUAUGAGAAAGUCGAUGUCCUCUGAGAAUAAGGUAUAUGAUCUAAAUGAUGAGGUUCAAACAAUUAAAUUUCUGGUUUGGAUGCUUGACAAUAUACUAGUUCCUGCGUUUUGGCAGAGUGAAAACCCAAGUAAACAACUUUUCGUUGCUUUAGUUAUGCAAGAAUCUUUAAAAUUUUGUGGCUUAAGUUCUGCAUCUUGGGAUAUAAAUAAACCAGAACUUUAUCCAAAUGAAAUAAAAUUAUGGAGUAAGUUUAAUACAAUUUCAAAAACAACAUUAUAUCCACUUCUUUCUUCAUUAUACUUGGCUCAAUCUUGGAAAGAGUAUGUGCCUCUUAAAUACCCGUCAUAUAACGUAAAAGAAGGAUUUAAGAUAUGGAUUAAAAGUUUAACUUUGGAUUUAUUAAAAAUAGGUACAGGGGAAGAUCACCCAUUACACGUUUUUUCAUCUUUGAUAAGAGAAGAUGAUGGAACAUUAUCAAAUUUUUUGCUUCCAUAUAUAACAAUGGAUAUAAUAAUGAAAGCUGAUCCUACAUCAAUAUAUGAGGAAAUUAUGCAUAAUCUAAUAAUUGAGUUUCAAUUUAUAUUUAAUUACGAUUUGGUUGGUUUAAACCAUCAUCAAAUAGAAUCUCUAAAAAUGUGCUUCGAGUCAAUUUUUAAUGUCAUUGAAUAUUGUAAAAAAUGGAUGACGCAAUUUAAGCAAAAUUAUAAUGAUAGUUAUGGAACUUUCAUCAUUAAGGAAGAGAGGUUUUUAAGAAUGCUUAAUAGAACAGAGAAUUUUUUAGAAGCAAUAUCAGCUAACUUACUAGCUAAGAGAUCGUUAGAGACUAAUUCUUUUGAAAGAUCAGCUUUGUAUUUAGAGCAAUGUAUGAGAGAUUCCAAGAAAUCAACAACUGUGACCGAUCCGAAUUUAUUGCUAUCACUUCAAACAACAUAUGAAGAAAUUGGUGAUAUCGACUCUAUUGAUGGUCUUUUAAAAACUUUUUCUACAGACAAUCUGAGUUCUAAAAUACAAGAAUUACAAUAUUCUGAUAGUUGGAAAAUGGCACAGUACUGUUUUGAAAGUCUGGGAAAUCACACCGAAGAAAAGCACGCCACUUCUAAAAUGUUAAAACUUGAUUUUGACCACCAAAAUUAUUCAAAGGUUUUAAUGAAUAUUUCUCCAAAACUGCCAGCUACCUCAAUGACUAUUGAUAAAGAAAUGGUGGAAUGGUAUAAGAUGGGUAUAGAGUCAGCAAAUCUUGUCGGAGAUAUUACAAUUCUAAAAUCAUGGUUAGGAAACAUAGAGACAUUGAUAUCUGUAAGUGACCCAGAACUUUUACUUGGAUAUAAUGUUGGUAAGGCUCUAUCAUAUGUAAACACUAAUCAGCCAGAAAAAAUUAAAAAUUAUAUUAACAAAUGUUUUAAACUUAUUGGAAUGCAUUUUACUGCUCCUUGUAGAGAAAUCAGUUUUAUCAAAAUGCAAGAUUUAUUGAUGAAACUCCAUGGUCUUUAUGAUAUAAAUAUUUUGUCAAAUAGUAGAGAUAGGUUCUUAUUUGAUUGUAAUACAUCUUUAUUAGAUUUUAGAAUGAAAAGAGUCGGCGCUGAUUUUGUACCAAAUCAUUAUCUGCUUUCUAUUAGAAAAUCGUUUGAUUCUCUAAGAGAUGUUGAAUAUACUUCAAAUGAUUUAGCAAAAUCAUAUUUUAAAAUAUCUCAAUUGAGCAGAAAAAAUUCCAGACUUGAUUUAUCUUGUAAAUCCUUAAUGAGUUGUUUAAAAUUCGGUCAACAUGGUGAAGAACUUGAAUUUGCUGAAAUCCUAUGGACAAAGGGUGAGAAUGAUAGAGCUAUUAAACUGCUAAAGGAGAUACAUGAGAGAUAUCAGAAUGAUUUGACAAUUGAGCCUAGAGAUAAGGCAAUAAUAUUAUUAAAAUAUACUGAAUGGCUAGAUCAAUCUAAUUACUCUUCGUCAGAACAAAUUAUUAAACAAUAUGGAGAUGUAUUGGAUUUAGAUCCUCAAUGGGAGAAACCAUAUUAUUCCAUGGGUUUGUAUUAUAGUCGUCUUCUAGAGAGAAAGAAGGCAGAGGGUUAUGAGACAAAUGGAAGGUUGGAGUAUAAAUCUAUAUCCUAUUUUUUAUUAGCAUUUGAAAAAAAUUCUAUUAAGGUACGUGAAACUCUUCCAAAAGUUGUGACAUUUUGGUUGGAUACUGCAACAGGUGCAAUGAAUGAGCCUGAGGGGCAUAGAAAAGAAGUUCUAGUCAAAACAACAGAAGAUAUAUGUAGAAGUAUUGAAAAUUCUUUACAAUCUUGUCCAAAAUAUAUUUGGUAUUCCGUUCUAACUCAGCUGUUAUCAAGACUUUUACAUUCGCAUAGUUUAUCAUCCCAAUUAAUUAUGAAUAUACUAUUAAACUUAGCAUUAGAAUAUCCUUCUCAUAUGAUGUGGUAUGUUUCUGUAUUACUAAAUUCUACCUCAAAAGAAAGAGUCAAAAGAGGGAAAUAUAUUAUUGAAAAGUAUGGCACACAUUGUAAAAAUGUACAACAUAUAAUUCAGUCUGCUGAUUUAGUAUCUGCAUUUACCACGGUUUGUUUAAAGGAACUCAAAAACACAUCGACUAGAUCAGGUAGAUCCCUAGAAAAAGAUUUUAAUUUUAAUAUGAAUAUGGCACCUUCCUCGAUGGUUGUUCCUGUGAGAAUAAACUUAGAGAUGUUGUCUCCAUUGAUCUCAGAAUCUAUGAAAACUUACCAACCAUUUGGUUCCUUAGUUACAAUAGCAAGAUUUGGGUCUUCUUAUAAGGUGUUCUCAUCAUUAAAAAAACCCAAGAAAUUAAACAUCAUCGGUUCUGAUGGUAAGAUAUAUGGUAUUAUGUGUAAGAAAGAAGAUGUAAGACAAGAUAACCAAUAUAUGCAGUUUGCUACUACUAUGGAUUUUAUGUUAGGAAAGGAAAUAGGGGCGACGAAAAGAAAUCUAGGAAUUACCACAUAUUCUGUUCUGUCCCUGAGAGAAGAUUGUGGCUUGAUUGAGAUUGUUCCGAAAGUGGUAACUUUGCGUUCUGUAUUCGUGACCAAAUAUGAAAGUAUGAAAUUAAAGUACAGUUUGAAGGGACUUUAUGAUCAAUGGCAAAAUGUACCUCCAGAUCAAAAACUUGGAUUCCAUAAAACACAAUUAGAAAAAUUUCCUCCAGUUUUACAUCAAUGGUUUUUGGAAACAUUCCCUGAUCCAAUAAGUUGGUACAAUUCGAGAAAUGAAUAUUCUAGAUCAUAUGCAGUAAUGUCGAUGGUUGGAUAUAUAUUAGGUCUAGGUGAUAGGCAUUGUGAAAAUAUUUUAUUAGAUGUAGAAACUGGGAAGGUGUUGCAUGUCGAUUUCGAUUGUUUAUUUGAAAAAGGUAGGAGACUACCAGUACCUGAGAUUGUUCCAUUUAGAUUAACCCAAAAUUUGUAUGAUGCGUUAGGUAUUAUGGGCACUGAAGGUACAUUCAAAAAAUCUAGUGAAAUCACAGUUUCAAUAAUGAGACAAAAUGAAGUUUCGUUGGUUAAUGUUAUUGAGACUAUUAUGUAUGACAGAAACAUGGAUUACUCAAUUCAAAAAGCCUUAAAAGUUUUAAGAAACAAGAUCAGAGGUAUUGAUUCUAGGGAUGGUUUAGUUUUAAGUGUCCCUGGUCAGGUUGAAACUUUAAUCCAAGAAGCUGCAUCUAUUGAAAAUUUAAGCCAAAUGUAUAUAGGUUGGUUACCAUUUUGGUAA